CUCCUCAUAAGCUUAUGAGCCUCCAUUCAUUCAUUCAUUUUUAUUUUUAUUUAAUUUGAAAUUCUUUCGUCACACGGCACCAUUCGCCUCAACCUGCACAACUCCAAUCCAAUCCAAUCCCCUCAAGCAACACACUAUCCUUUCAUUUCAGAAACCAAUGAAAUAAUUAUCAAUAGCUGCUACAGUUGAGUAAGAUACACAAAUCAGUAAAAAUGGGCUGCUGCUGCUCUUCACCGCGAGUGGAAUGGAACCAUCAUCAUCCAGUAGUACCUGAAGACCGCCAACUGUUAACAGCACGCAGUAGUGCAGCUGCUGUUAUUCCAACAGGACUUUUAGUUGAUACAAAUCUGGAUACGUCUAUACCCGACACUUACAGGCUGCCACCGCCACCUGUACCAUAUGAUGCAAACCCUCAAGGUUCACCAAACAAUCGAGAAGACUCUGUUAGUAAGAAUCAUUCACCUGUGCAAACAAAUAAUUCCGAGCCCAUUGGAGAAACGAAAGUUAGUAAUAGUGGCGAAAAUGUAGCUAAGGAAGCGAUGGAAUCUGUUGCAACAGAAGAAUUUGAUGAUGCGCUGGAGAAGUCUGAUGAACUAAAAAAGUCAAACACGCCUUUUGUUCCCCCAGAGGAGUGUCCUACAUGUCUUGAAGAAUACGAUGAAGAAAAUCCAAAAAUAAUCACCAAAUGCGAGCAUCAUUUUCAUUUGUCGUGCAUUCUUGAAUGGAUGGAAAGAAGCGACACUUGCCCCGUCUGUGAUCAGGUAAUGGAAGUCAGCUCCCUGAUCGAUAACUAGCUGUGGAACUAUCGAAUGGAACGGCUGCUACUUUUAAUAUCAAGCAUAGUUAGGUCUCCUAUUCUUUUUUCUUUCUUAUUUGAUUGCAUAGUUUCUUUUACACACCAAAUUUGAAAUACAAAAUACAAAGCUUGAAAGGAAAACACACCACACGGCAAUUAGAAACCGAAGCUUGACAUUUUUAUCGUUUGGAUAAUUGGCAUGCCUCGCCUUCAAAAUCAACUUUGGGUUCAAAAGGAAGUUGUGGAUGGUUAGAAAUGGUCCUUUUUGGUACAGGGUUCUUGAUUUUAGCCUCUUUACACUAUUUUGUAGUUACUUGAUGGAUUGAUUCAUUUGUAGGAUUAUAGAUUGUAAAAAGAUAUAUAUGAAAACAUAUAGGAGAUGUGAUGGGUGGCAACAUUUGACAUUUCAAACUUUGAACAAGAGCAGACAUCAUAUGAUUCCAUUGUCUUUUUGGUC